AUGCUGCUCGGUUGGGCAGUGACCGCGUUUGCCGUUGUCAUCAAUACUAUCGGAAGCAAGACCCUCGCGCAUUUCGAAGGCGUGAUAUUGAUAUUGCAUAUUCUGGGGUUCUUUGCGAUCCUGAUUCCUCUCGUAUAUCUCGCUCCUCACAAUGACGCAUCAAUCUUCGUCACAUUUGUCAACACGGGUGGUUGGUCAACCCAGGGCUUGUCCUUCAUGGUAGGGCUACCAUCGUCAAUAUUCGCGCUAGUCGGUGUCGACUCAUGUGUUCAUAUGGCCGAAGAAGUAAAGAACGCAUCCAAGGUAGUGCCGCGAGCCAUCCAGAUUAGCGUGUUCCUCAACGGCGCACUUGGACUUGCUAUGAUGGUCGCAUACCUCUUCUGCCUGGGGGACCUGAAUGAUGUUUUGGAGAACUCAGUCACUCUUGGAUAUGCUUACCUCUAUGUCUUCUUGAAAGGCACUGGAUCUCCGGGCGGGGCUAUGGCCAUGGCAUUGAUCAUGUGGUUUCUUGGAGUCUGCUGCCUGGUAGGUCUCAUGGCCGCAACCUCGCGGCAGAUGUGGUCCUUUGCAAGAGACAGAGCUGUGCCGUUCUCAGCGCAGGUCACUAAGCUCAAUCCUACAACUUUGAUCCCGGUCAACACGAUCCUUAUCACAGCUGCCGUCAGCGUGCUCCUGUCGUUCAUCGCGCUCGGCUCCUUCGUCGCUUUCAGCAACAUCGUCAACCUCAGUAUCGGGGGCCUCUACGCUUCGUACUUCAUCGUAUGCGUCCUUCUCCUUUGGCGGCGUCUCAAGGGCAUCAGCCCGUACAACUCGCGUGCCGCAAUGGUCGGACCGGAGACAUUACAAUGGGGUCCAUGGAGAGUUCCCGGCGUGCUGGGCGUGGCCAACAACAUCUUUGCCUGCAUUUAUCUGUUCGUGAUGUGGUUCUUCUCCUUCUGGCCGGGUUCCGUUGAGGUCAAUGCACAGUCGAUGAACUUCAGUUCAGUUACGUUCGGAGGAACCGUACUCUUUGCCGUCAUUUGGUAUUUCGUAAGAGGCAGAAAGACAUAUGUCGGGCCCAUCGUCGAGGUAGUCUUGUAG